AUGGCGACGCUUCUGGGGUCCGAGUCCCCUUGUACUGGAGGAAAACGAAGAAAUUGCAGCAGCAAUAUCGUCACAAAGUUCACGGCCAGUAAAAUUACUGGGCAGGGUUUCAGCCGAGGGACACAGCUCCCAGGAGGCCUGCUCCAGGAGAGAGAUAAACGCGCUAAAUGGCAUGGCAUCCCUACUCUGCUGCAGAAGCUCUAUGAGAGCAGCCAUCCCAACAGUGACCUCUCCCAUGCCCACAGCUUUCUUAAGGUUUUAUCUUCCCAGCUCUCCAUGGAGGCCAUGUCCUUUGUCACAGAGGACAGGAAGACCGCUCAGGAAUCCACCUUCCCCAACACGUACACCUUUGACCUCUUUGGUGGAGUUGAUCUGCUUGUGGAGAUCCUGAUGAGACCUACACUAACUAUGCAGAAGAAAAAACCCAAACUGAAUGAUGACUUGGUCAAAGACUGCCUUAGUGUUCUCUACAACUGUUGUAUAUGUACGGAGGGGGUCACAAAGAGCCUGGCAGCGAGGGAUGACUUUGUGCUGUUUCUCUUCACUCUGAUGACAAACAAGAAAACCUUCCUACAGACUGCUACCCUGAUUGAAGAUAUUCUUGGAGUUAAGAAGGAGAUGAUCCAGUUAGAGGGCAUCCCCAACCUGUCAGGCCUGGUCCAAAGCUUUGACCAGCAACAACUGGCCAACUUCUGUCGCAUCCUGUCUGUCACAAUCUCCGAACCUGAUGUAGGAAAUGAUGACAAGCACACCCUGUUGGCCAAAAAUGCUCAGCAGAAGCGCAAUGCUAGUCCCUCACGAGCAGAGGUCAACCAGGUAACUCUGCUGAACAUCCCUGGUUUCAUUGAGCGGCUGUGUAAGCUGGCCACUAGAAAGGUGUCUGAAGCCACAGGAGCUAACUUCCUGCAGGAGCUGGAGGACUGGUACACAUGGCUGGAUAAUGCUCUGGUGCUGGACGCCCUCAUGCAGAUGGCUACUGAGGAGGCUGAACAAAGCAGCACAGAGUCAUCAGAUGAGAGCUCUCUGGCCACCAGCCCUCUGAGACAUCGACUGCCUCAGUCCAUGAAGAUCGUCCAUGAGAUCAUGUACAAAGUGGAAGUGCUCUAUGUGCUCUGUGUUCUUCUUAUGGGCCGACAGAGGAACCAGGUCCACAAGAUGCUGGCUGAGUUCCGUCUCAUCCCAGGGCUCAACAACCUGUUUGACAAGCUGAUCUGGAGGAAAUACACAGCUUCAAAUCACGUGGUGCACGGCCAGAAUGAGAACUGCGACUGUAGUCCAGAAAUAUCCUUCAAAAUCCAGUUCUUACGGCUACUUCAGAGUUUCAGUGAUCACCAUGAAAACAAGUACCUCCUCCUGAAUAGCCAGGAGCUGAAUGAACUGAGUGCCAUAUCCAUGAAGGCUAACAUCCCGGAGGUGGAAGCACUGGUCAACACAGACAGAAGUCUAGUGUGCGAUGGGAAGAAGGGCCUCCUCACGCGCCUUCUUACGGUCAUGAAGAGGGAGCCUCCGGAUUCCUCUUUCAGAUUCUGGCAGGCAAGAGCAGUGGAAAGUUUUCUCAGAGGAGCCACAUCCUAUGCAGACCAAAUGUUCCUGCUGAAGAGGGGACUGCUAGAGCACAUCCUGUUCUGCAUCAUAGACAGUGGUUGUACGUCUCGAGAUGUCCUUCAGAGCUACUUCGAUCUGCUUGGAGAGCUCAUGAAGUUCAACAUUGAUGCCUUCAAGAGAUUCAACAAAUAUGUCAACACUCCAGAGAAGUUUCAGACCUUCCUGACGCAGAUCAACAGUUCUCUGGUUGACUCUAACAUGCUGGUGCGCUGCAUCGUCCUUUCAUUGGACCGCUUUGAGAGCCAGACUGAAGAUGUCAAAGUGGUGGAAGUACUCUCUGAGUGCUGCCUGCUGUCCUACAUGGCCAGAGUUGAGAACAGGCUGUCCUUCCUCUUCCGACUGAUCAACAUCAUCAACGUGCAGACUCUCACACAGGAGAAUGUGAGCUGUUUAAACACCAGUUUGGUGAUCUUGAUGCUGGCCAGAAGAAAGGCUAAACUGCCCUUCUACCUCAACGCCCUGCGGGAGAAGGAGUAUGCUGAAAAGUACCCAGGCUGCCUGCUCAACAACUUCCACAAUCUACUGCGCUUCUGGCAGCGCCACUACCUCAACAAGGACAAAGACAGCACCUGUCUGGAGAAUAGCUCCUGUAUCCCCUUCAGCUACUGGAAGGAGACGGUGUCAGUGCUGCUGGGCUCAGACAGGACUUCUCUGUGUGCCAUAGCGAGCUACAUCGAUGAGCCCUUCAUGGAUCUGGACAGAGACCUGCUGGAAGAUUGACCUCCAGUGUGUGCACUCAGUGUGCUGGGGAUGGGAUGGGGCCAACGGUCACAGGGAGCAUGGACACCUAAAGCUGGUGAUGACUCCCCUGAGCCGAGCCGUCCAGGCGCUUUGUGACUGCGUUCUGGAUGUAAAGACUCACCUGUCUGCUGUCUGCACCUUCGCAUGGAGGCUGUCAUCACAGAUGUGAGCACAUACGGAAUUUGCCUGGCUGUUGUCUUCUCACUAAGUUAUCAAAGGAAGAGGAGAAAAAAACCUGUAAGCCCACCCCAGAUUGGCCACAUGGUAUAGCGGACAAUUAAAGGACCUCGGAAAAUGACACCUGCAUUGGUUGUUUGCUUUAGGUGAAAUUCAAAUAGAGCCUUUUAUAUAACCUAUACAAAAUUCUAUGAAAAAAAAUAUGUAUGAUUCAACAAAUUAUGUUAGAAAAAAAGAUUCUUUUCACGUGGACUUGGUUUGGAAAUGACCACAGAUUGAGCUUUCACCCAGAUGUGCAGGUUGGUGGUGUGUCACAGGGCUGCCAGGAGUCACCAGCCUCACUCUCGCACUACCUUCACGCUCUCUGUUGACUCCAUGCCACUCCACUGCCUGAACUGUGGGGGAAACUGAUGAUAUUGGAGUUUUUUUUUUUGCAGGGGGUCUUCUCAAAAGAGCAUUUUCAUUUAACCUGUCUGUGGGUCUAUUUUGUUAGGUGGCUAUUGUUGAUGGUGCUUUCUGGCUCUACUCAGCACAUUUAGGUAAGUUGAGGGCCGGCUGACAUGUUCUACAUAUCACACGGGGUUCCUCUCACCUAAAACCAUCCAUUCUGUUGUGGCUUCAGAAGCUUCACCCAGGGACUCGUCUUCUUUCCAGGUUAUUUUUAUUGAUUGACUCUUGUCUUGUUGAAAACAAUGGCUUUUAGCUCUGGUUAAACUGUAGAAUAAAACAUUGCACAGAUGAAUUGUUUUUAUUGUUUAUUAUAUUUUAACACAUUUGUUCAUUAAAAACAUCUUCAUUCUGUAAAAGAAUUUGUAUCCAUGUUGUGAAAGAUGCUUUGGGAAGAGAAUAAACUAUGCAGGCGUUAGUGUUAA